AUGAUAAUGGCCUCGACUGCAAACAUAGUAUAUGUCGUGACAGGUGCAAACAGAGGCCUCGGUCUUGGACUGACCAAACAGCUACUAGAACGUCCUGCCACCACCAUCGUGGCCUCAGUGCGCAAUCACGACGCAGCCACAAGCCUUAGGUCAGACGUUGAGAUUGUUGUCGUGGGUAAAAAUAGUACUCUCCACAUCAUCGAACUAGACUUCUCAACAGGACUAUCCCCCGAAGAGAUUACAAAGGUGUUCGCCGCAGCAGCCAGCACAGUGACGCAUAUCGAUGUGCUCAUCUGUAAUGCCGGGUUCGCGACGCCCAUGACUCCGGCCCUAGUGACCUCAGCGGAAGACCUCCGUAAAUCGUUCGAAGUCAACACCAUCGCCCCGCUCCUCGUGUUCCAGGCUUUCUGGCCUUUUAUGCAGAGGUCGGCUUUUCCCCCGAAGCUCGUCGUCAUGUCCUCCUCCGUCGGUUCGAUUGCCGAUCAGGAGCCUUUUUCCGGUGGCGCAUAUGGUCCCAGUAAAGCAGCCUCGAACUGGCUUACUAAGGCUCUCCAUAUUCAAAAUGAGGCAGAUGGAUUGGUUGCGUUUGCUCUGCAUCCUGGCUGGGUGCAGACGCGCGCGGGGGAUUUCGCUGCGAAGGAGUGGGGAUAUCCUGGUAGCCCGCCGGUGACUGUUGAGAAUAGCGUCAAGGGGAUGCUUGAUGUUAUUGACAGCGCUACAAGGGAAGAUGUCUCGGGAAAGUUCAUAUCGUUCACUGGAGAUAUUUUGUCAUGGUAG